AUGGAUAUCGGGGAACUAUUAUCUUACAAGCCUCCAAACACACCAAAGCGACCGACUGCGGGAGAGGACGACGACGAUGAUGAAUGGGAGAGCGCGAAGAGGCCGAAGAGAGUGAUAAAAACGCCGUACCAUGCGCGUCAACGGCAGCCCAGGGAGCUCGAUGUCGUGCCAUCCAGGAAUGACGAGCCUGCCACACCUGUCAGAGCUGCCGAGCCCUCGUCGACUGAUGACGCUGUGGUCGAACCGCAGUUGACGGAGAAGGAGAAGCAGGAUAUAUUGAAGUAUGUAGAAACCGAGGCACCUGAAGUCGAGGCACUGGACGAGGCAACGCUCAAACGUAUGAUCCUCCUGUUUGAGAAGAGGGCACUGAGAAAUCAGGAGAUGAGAGUUAAAUUCCCGGAUCAACCAGAGAAAUUUAUGGAAUCUGAAGUAGAGCUGCAUGAAACUCUGCAAGAACUGCAUAUUGUAGCAACUAAUCCAGAUCUGUAUCAGUUGAUGGUAGAGCUAGGCGCUGUACCCUCUUUACUAGAAUUGUUGUCUCAUGAAAACACUGAUGUAGCGGUUGGCGUGGUAGAUCUUCUACAGGAAUUAACUGACGUAGAUAUAUUGCACGAGAGUCAGGAAGGUGCAGACACGCUUAUUGAUGCUCUGUUGGAGCAACAAGUUUGCGCUCUCCUAGUACAAAAUCUCGAAAGACUCGACGAAGCGGUAAAGGAAGAAAGUGACGGUGUUUAUAACACACUUGCCAUUUUUGAAAAUCUACUAGAGUUUAGACCAGAUCUGUGCGCGGAUGCGGGGAAGCAAGGUUUAAUGCAGUGGCUGCUGCGACGAGUUAAGGCGAAAACGCCUUUCGACGCAAACAAACUUUACGCCAGUGAACUUCUGUCUAUACUCUUGCAGCACACGCCAGAAAAUAGACUUCUUUUAGGCGACUUGGAUGGAAUUGAUGUUUUACUACAACAAUUAGCUUACUAUAAGAGACACGAUCCUCAAACCGCAGAGGAGCAAGAGAUGAUGGAAAAUUUAUUUAACGUUUUAUGCUCAAGUCUAAUGGCUACCGUAAAUCGUGAUAGGUUUUUGCGUGGCGAAGGUCUGCAACUUAUGAACUUGAUGUUACGAGAGAAAAAGAUGUCGCGCAAUGGAUCUCUCAAAGUUUUAGAUCACGCUAUGAACGGCCCGGAUGGAAAAGAUAAUUGUAGCAAGUUUGUUGAUAUUCUUGGAUUACGAACUAUAUUUCCUCUGUUCAUGAAAACCCCAACAAAAAAUAGAAAAAAAAUGCUCACCGCAGAAGAGCAUGAAGAACACGUAAUUUCAAUUAUAGCAAGUAUGUUAAAGAAUUGCAAAGGGCAGCAGCGUCAAAGAUUACUUAGCAAGUUUACGGAAAAUGAUUAUGAGAAAGUGGAUAGAUUAAUUGAAUUACAUUUCAAGUAUCUUGAAAAGGUAGAAGAAGUGGAGAAAAAUGGAAAGGAGGAUGAGGAUGAAGAAGAAUCGUACUUGAGAAGAUUAGAUGGUGGUUUAUUUAUAUUACAAUUAGUAGAUUAUGUACUUUUGGAAGCUUGCACUGGUUGUCCGCCUGCAGUCAAACAACGAGUGACGAGAAUUUUAGCACAGAGGAGAGCAUCCCUUAAAACAAUUCGACACAUUAUGAGAGAAUACGCUGGUAAUUUAGGAGACGCUGGUGACACAGAAUGGAAAGAAGCAGAGCAACAACAUAUUUUACAAUUAAUUGAUAAAUUUUGAUAUGUUUUCUAUCAUCAAAAUAUACUGUUAUAUAUAUAGCGCAUAAUAAGACUUUGUUACAUGUGCAUGAAAAGUCGUCCAUCAUGUCUUUUUUUAUUCGAAAAUCGUCACUUUUUUAUGAAACGAUUAUUUCACACAAAUAAUUUAUUAUUUCAUCUUUUUUGUCUUGCUAAUAAAUGGUAUAAACAGUAAAAUAAUACAUUUUCGUAAGGUUUGUUAUUUUAUCGGUAAUAAAUUGUGAUACUACA